GGCUCCGAACGUCACGAGGCUCGCAAAUAUGAGGAUGCCAAAGUUAGCGCGAGCGGGCCUGCUCCUGCUCCUGCUGCCGCUGUUACUGCUACUGCUGGCCUCCUGCGAUGAGCACGCUGAGACGGAGAAGAACCACGAAGAGCCCCAAAAGGAAGAUGAAGAGCCACCCAAGAAGGAGAAGAGCAGCCAGAUCGACGAGGACAAAAACGUGAUGGUGCUCCAUGGCAACAACUUUGCCAGGGCGCUCAACCAGACCAAAUAUUUAUUGGUGGAAUUCUAUGCCCCAUGGUGCGGCCACUGCAAGCAGCUGGAGCCCAUCUACGCCGAGGCGGCCGGCAAGCUGAAGGACCAGCCCGCCGUCGGCUUGGCCAAAGUGGACGCCACCGACGAGAAGGAGCUGGCCGACGAGUUUGCCAUCAACAGCUUUCCCGUUCUCAAGCUCUUUGUCCACGGCGACCGAAAGCAACCCAUCGACUUCAACGGUCAGAGGACAGUAAAUGGAAUCAUCCGGUGGUUGAAGCGUCGCAGCGGUCCCGGCGCAACGGUCCUGGCGGACGCUGACUCUGCCGCCAGCUUUGUUGACGCCCACAACAUCACCGUCGUGGGAUUUUUUAAGAGUUUGGAAAGCGACGCAGCCAAGGAGUUUUCCCAGUUGGUCAUGGACACGACCGACACGGAGUUCGGCAUCACGACAUCUCCGGAGGUUUUCCAGAAGUAUGAAUUGAAAUCUGAGACGGUUGUGCUCUUCAAAAAGUUUGAUGACGGCAGAGUGGACUACACCCUGUCUGACGACGGCAAGCUGGACAAAAGCAAUCUAACCAGCUUCAUCCAAGAAAACAGCCUGGAGUUUAUCAUCCCCUUCACUAAGGAGACGGGGGAUAAGAUCUUCAGCUCCAGCAUUCGCCUUCACUGCCUCCUCUUCAUCAACUCCACGGUGGAGAGCCACACGGUGCUGGUGGACCAAGUCCGGCCCCUGGCCAAGACCUACAAGAGCAAGAUGCUGUUCGUUACCAUCGACGUGGCGGGCGAUGUGUUGUUCGUGCUGGAAUUCUUCGGUGUGGUGCUAGCUGACGUGCCGACGGCUCGCAUCAUGAGCAUGGACACGGGCAAGAAGUUCAAAGUGGACACGGCCGAUCUCAGUGGGAGCCUGCCGUCAUUGUGUCAGGAGGUUCUGGAUGGGACGGCCAAGCCAUACUAUCGCAGUCAAGACGUGCCCGAGGAUUGGAAUAAAGCACCCGUGAAGGUCCUGGUGGGGAAGAAUUUUGAGUCGGUUGCUUUGGAUCCAACCAAGAAUGUCUUUGUGAAAUUUUAUGCUCCUUGGUGUGGCCACUGCAAGGAGCUAGUUCCCAUUUGGGACCAGCUGGGUGAGAAGUACGCCGAGCACGAGGACAUCGUCAUCGCCAAGAUAGAUUCCACCGCCAACGAGCUGGAGGCCUUCACCAUCAGCGGCUUCCCCACGCUGAAAUAUUUCCCCGCGGGUGGAAAAGAGCCGGUGGAGUACUCAGGAAAGCGAGAUCUGGAGACACUGUCAAAGUUUCUGGACAAUGGAGGAGUUUUGCCCAAGGAAGAUGACGACGACGACGAAAAUGAAGCAAAAGCCGUCGAGUCUGUGAAGAAAGCCGACAACGCGACGUUUGGCAAAGAUGAGCUUUGAUGACAUUUUUUUUUCAUGGUUUUCAAAUCAAUAAAAUUCCUUUGAGGGACAGAAAAAA